CCAAUCUAAUUCUGUACUGUAUUCAGCUCUCGUUCGGCCUUCAUCGAUAUUACGAGCGAUCAAUUCUCCACACUUCGGAGAACCGCUGGAUAUUAAUCACUACCAGAGAUUCGGAGAUCGGGGAUCGUUUAGGACUCGGUGAUCUGUUAACAUUAGGUGGUAAAGCAGCAGGUUGUUUUCAGGCAGCGCUGUUGAACUGCAGUGCCGCUGUUAGUAUCGAUAUGACGUUGUUGCUGCCUGAUUAUCAGGCAUAGCUGAUUUCAGUUGAUAAUUGUAUUAAUAGGAUAAACAAUCUACCCAGGGAAGUAUUGACGCUCACCAUGUUGGAAUCAAAACCGUGGAUUUGAUUCUGGAAAUCGCUGAACUGAAUGAAUCUGCUUUGACUGGAGGGACGUUAGCUAGCCUAUUAGCUACCAAGCUAGGUAACUUCAUUCAAAAAGUUUUUGGACAGGAUAUCAUUACUUGUCUGACUGGUACAGAAAUCAGUAUUUCUAAAUUCACCUCCUGAAACUCAACCCGCGGCGGAUUAUUGAGUUCAUUUAAAUAGGGACCUGGAUUUUCCCCACCUGGCCUAACUUGAUCCUCGGACUCGAGUUACAAGUCGGGAAUUAGGAAGUAUGUUCUUUAAACUAACCUAGCUUUAUGUAAUCUAGGUUAUCUAGUUUAGAUUAGAUUUUGCUCACGUUAAUGCACACUAAGUAUUAAAGUGGGUUGUUUCCACAGAUAUCCAGCUAGUUAUUUGUUUCAGGCUUCUUGUUGAAGUCGAAGGGUGCCUUCAACAACACCCGUCAUUUCUUACACUUACUACUUUUCAACGUGAUAACUUUUUCCUAAACCGCACAAGCCGACUAACUAUGACUUGACUAGUCGGAGUAAACUUGCAAGCAAAAAAAAACAAAACACGGCUUCAGAGCUGCUCGCUGGUCCAGACUAAACUGAUCUGGUAUUGGACUUCUGGCACUGGACUUCGGACACCAACAACACCGAUGAUUGUAUUUUAAGAACAGUUCGACUCGUAAACAGUUCGAAACGCAUUAGGACCCACAUGCUGUCGGUGAUUGAACACUUAUCCGGCCAGGCUAACUCCGACUCUAAGGUCGGCGGGCGGUCCAGCAUGUCUCGCGGGGGCAACUCGCUGCCUGCUGCACCUGAUGAGCAGCCGCACAUUGGUAAUUACCGGCUUCUGAAGACCAUCGGAAAGGGGAAUUUCGCCAAGGUCAAACUAGCUCGACAUGUUCUCACUGGGAAAGAGGUGGCUGUCAAAAUCAUAGACAAGACUCAGCUCAACGCCACCAGUCUCCAAAAGUUAUUUCGGGAAGUGAGAAUCAUGAAGCUGUUAAAUCACCCAAAUAUUGUGAAGUUAUUUGAAGUGAUAGAGACGGAGAAGAACCUUUACCUGGUUAUGGAGUACGCCAGCGGAGGUGAAGUGUUUGAUUACCUUGUUGCUCAUGGCAGAAUGAAAGAAAAAGAAGCAAGAGCCAAAUUCAGACAGAUUGUUUCAGCAGUGCAGUAUUGUCACCAGAAGUGCAUCGUUCAUAGAGACCUUAAGGCCGAAAACCUGCUUCUGGAUGCAGAUAUGAACAUUAAGAUUGCUGAUUUUGGCUUUAGUAACGAGUUUACUCUGGGUAAUAAGCUGGACACUUUUUGUGGGAGCCCUCCAUACGCCGCUCCAGAGCUUUUUCAGGGAAAAAAGUAUGAUGGGCCGGAAGUGGACGUGUGGAGUUUGGGGGUCAUCUUGUACACACUGGUCAGUGGAUCACUGCCUUUUGAUGGGCAGAACCUAAAGGAGUUGCGUGAACGUGUUCUAAGAGGGAAGUACCGGAUCCCUUUCUACAUGUCUACAGACUGCGAGAACCUGUUAAAGAAAUUUCUAAUUCUUAACCCCACCAAAAGAGGCAGCCUUGAGCAGCAGAUCAUGAAGGACCGGUGGAUGAACGUAGGCUUUGAGGAGGAGGAGCUGACGCCCUACGUCGAGCCCCAGCCCGACUACAAGGACCCUAAGAGGACAGGUCAGCAUCGCAGCACUGCAGGGAUUUGGAAGAGAGAAAUUAUGCUGCAGAUGGGAUACUCGUCAGAUGAGAUACAAGACUCCCUUGUUAAUCAGAGGUAUAAUCAGGUCAUGGCAACAUACUUACUACUGGGCUUUAGGAAUUCAGAGCUGGACGAACUCUUAAUAAAGCCCCUGAACAGUAUGGAUCUCACAAACAAUGGUCAAUCACCUUCUCACAAGGUACAACGUGUCACUAGCCAGAAGCCUCGCAGAUCCACAGACCAAAGUUUAUCUGCCUCGACCAAGCGUUCUCAGGGUGACAGUAAGCACACAGGUGAAGAGUUCAGCAGGAAAAGCUCAAGCAGCUCCGCUAAAGUUCCUCCAAGCCCACUGGCUACAGGGGAUCGAAAGAAAACUUCAACCCCAUCUACUAACAUCCUUUAUACUGGUACGGGCCAUGGUCGAACCUCCCCAGGACCAGAAAGAUCCACUUUGGGUAUACAGAACGGGAAGGACAGCUUGAGCACCCCAGGGUCCCGUGCCUCUACCGCCUCGGCAGCCGCUGUCCUAACUGCUUCCUCCCGUCCCCGCCACCACAAGUCCCUGUCCACCUCGGCCCACCCCAGCCCCCCAGACCUCCAUGCACAUCGGCCCAGCUUGAGCAACUCCACAGCACCAAACCGCACCAACUUUCCAAGAGGGGUGACGAGCAGAAGCACUUACCACGCAGGCCAGAAAGCUUCUCGAGACGAGCACGCCUCGGCCUACAAUGGACCGCCUGCCUCUCCUUCGCUCUCCCACGGGAACAGCCAAGUCCGCCGCACUGGAACUGGCAUCUUCAGCAAAUUCACCUCCAAAUUUGCACGCAGAAAUCUCUCAUUCAGAUUCCCCAGAAGGAGUCCAUAUGAGGGAGAGGGUCAAGAUGAGGCCAGCAGGCCCAUGUUAAGCACUGCAGAAAAGCUGGAGAAAGGCACCCAGGGUUUGGCAGGUGAUGAGAACAGGGACUCUGUGUCCUCCUCCUCACCUGUGUCCAGUACACCUUCAUCUACCCAGUCCUCCAAAGACAUCAAACCCCGCUCACUGCGCUUCACCUGGAGCAUGAAGACCACUUCAUCCAUGGAGCCCAGUGAGAUGAUAAAGGAGAUCCGGAAGGUUCUGGACUCCAACAGCUGCGACUAUGAGCAGCGUGAGCGCUUCAUGCUCUUCUGCAUGUCCGGGAACCCAUCCCACGACGACUUUGUUCAGUGGGAGAUGGAAGUCUGCAAGCUUCCUCGUCUCUCUCUAAAUGGUGUACGCUUCAAACGUAUCUCUGGCACGUCUAUUGCCUUUAAGAACAUCGCCUCCAAGAUUGCCAAUGAGCUGAAAUUGUGAGCAAUUGCAUCUGUGAAAUAAAACUGAAUUGUGGCUGAUGAAAGCUGUAGCCCGGGUGUGUGGUGUGAGAAAUUGGACAGACUGGUGACAUCAGAAAAAAGAACAAAAGUUAGAGACUGAACGGUUAGCACAGUUUGUUAGGGGGGUUGAUGUGAUUGUAUAGACAUUUCCAGGGCCGCCUUUUUUUUUUUUUUUUUUUCUUCUUUUUUUUUUUGUGGGAGUUGUUUUCCUUGGUUUGGGUUUUCUGUCCACACAUCACCCCCACUUAUAUUUUUGUCAUCUUUUUGUGACAGUUUUGUUUGUUCUCAGUUUUGUGGUUUUUUUCUUUGCUCCUCAGUCAUUUUCUGUUCAUGGGUAUAGUGACCAGAAAGGAAGUCGAUGUAAUUAAUGAACCGAAAACUGUUUGCUGAUGGUUCUUGUAUUACAAAAUCAAACCAGCUACUGCCUCGACAUGCUGAUAACCCCAGCCCCAGUUACUUGAUUUUUUAUUUUUUUAUUUUUUAUCUAUAGUCUAAGAUUACCCAUUAUAAAGAGAUAUCAUAUUGGUGGUUUGACAGGCUGAAUGUACAAACAAGUUAGUAAUGGAAAUCUAGAACUCAAGUACUACACACCAUCACUAGACCCAUGCUGAGAUUAAAAAAAAAUUCACUCCACAUCAUCUGGUUCUAAUUUUAGACCAUGAUGCUAAUAAGUUCAUCACAAUAAUGUGUCUUAUGUGAUCUGAUAUUAUAAUUCAGACUUCACCCUUGAGUGCUCUGGAGGUGAAUCACCUCUCUGCAGUAUCAGCCGGGCCAUUUUUUUUCCUUUUUGCUACACGGGUCAUAAGUAAUUAAAGGCCAAUUAAGUAAUUAUAGGUGGAUUGUAGUGUAAUUAUGAGUUGCUGGUUGGUUUCAUUGUGCCGCACUGGAAUGAGUCUGUUUUGUUGCCUUUCUUUGGAGAAGAUAAUAUUAUUCUAAAAAUAAAAAAUUGAACGAG